AUGAAACCACGUCCUUUGUUGCUGUUUGUUGCAGCUUUGACUGCAGGAACUUUACUAGCCGUGAAUGCUACUGCCACUACGUCCUUGUUGACAUCCAAGCGUCUUUUGGAGGAAAAGGAAAAGGACCCUGAUGAAGUCGUACCUUUCAAUUCGUGGGAUAAUGUACCCGAGACGCUUAGCUACUUACUGGCUUUCAUUCUCGUGCUACUGGGUGCACACCCGCUCGGUCUCUUUUUCCCCAAAUACUUUGGUCUGCCACUUAUUACCGGAUACUUGAUAGCUGGUAUCCUGUCGGGGCCUUUCCUGUCCAAUCUACUCAGUGUAGAAGCUGUCAAAAUGCUCGGUUCAUACGUCAAUGCCUUUGCUUUGAGUUUUAUCUCAUUCCAGGCGGGCCAAGAAAUUUAUUUACCAGAAUUGCGUCCACAACUGAAAUCCAUUGCACAGCUUUUGUUGACCUACUACUUUACGGCCAUGAUGAUAGUCACUGCUGUCUUUAUGCUGGCUUCCAACGCCUUCUUCUACGCUGACUUGGACACGAGCUGCCAGCUCGGCAUUGCACUCAUGUUUGCCUCGAUUUCAGUGCUCGUGUCACCGUCAACUGUCAUGGCACUCAAGAUUGAGAUAGAUAGCGUCGGACCAUUUACAUACCUGGCACUUGGGACUUGUAUGACGGCAGAAUUUAUUGUCCUUGUGUCGUUUUCCGUCUCGCGUGUCAUUGCUUCAAUCUAUUGUGCCAAGUUGGACGUAUCAGCGUUAAGUAUCACUUUUACAAUGGGUGUUGUGCUCAUGAAUGUCGUUCUUGGAGUGUAUCUCGGACUGGUGACAUAUCUCAUUUUCCAGAUACCAACUGGGAUACCAGAAGGGAUUGCAGCACACCCCGGAGAGUCUCACGUGCAUAAAACUGAAUGCACCGAUGGGAAGCUGGAUAUGAGUGACCUAGAACAAGCACUGGAGAGUCAUGAUCGAACAGAUCUCCCGCACAAUACCUACGUUGAGGAAGUUGAAUCGAACAUGCUGGCGGACAAAAACGGGUGGACUGAAGGCAAGUCACUGCUCUUGAAGGGUUUCAUUUGGCUGCUCAUGGGCUACGUGUUCUAUCUCUUUACGAACACAGUGAGUGACUUAACAACCGCUCACUAUGGACUCGUAUGGCAAGUCAAGUUUGAGGCUUUGUUAGUUCUAAUGGUGGCUUCUUGCACGGCUGGUCACUUCCCCUCUAUCCGUCCACAGAUGCAUGUGAUUUUGGAUACUGUGGCCCCGUACAUUUUUCUGCCAUUUUUCGUCAUGACGGGUGCGUCUUUGCAGCUGGACAAGGUUCUUAGUGUGAUUCCAAUAAUGAGCUUGUACUUGACGGUACGGUACGCAGCCAUUUUCAUAUCGGUGUACGGGGGUGGACGAUUCCUGUUAAAGUUACCACCCCAACAUUACAAGAACUUAUGGCUGACGAUGGCCCCGCAGGCUGGUGUCUCACUUGGAUUGGCUUCUGAGGUAAAGGAACUUAUUACAGAAGACUGGGGGGGCAAGUUUGCAGCGACAAUUGUUGCCGCAGUGGUCGUCAACCAGAUCAUCGGGCCCGUUCUGUGCUCUGUGGGGCUUCGCAAAGCUGGAGAGGGCAUACUUGAUCGUCAGGCUGCCGCUGCAGCUGCAGAUGGUUCAGACGAUACACAGUCCAAACAAGGAAAAGAAAUCGUCCAUUCGGACGCCGAAGGCAGAAAAGGAGAUAUGUACCGUCGAAGUCUUAGCAUUCACAACAGCGCUCAGAGCUUGUAUUCGACUCACAGUGACAAAGAUCCUAGACCUUUGCCACCGUCCCGCCGUGUGCAGAGUGCUGUUGUAAUUGGUGACGAUGAAGUAGCGUUUGAAAUUGCACUCGAGUUGUCUCUUUACGGCGCUCGUGUCAAUGUCCCGCUUCUUGAUGAAGCUCGAGCCGACAAGUGGCGCCGAAUGAAUGAAACGAUCUUAAAGCGUACUGCGAAGGAUGAAUUGAUAUCGUUCCAGAAUCCUAUGCAAGACCGGCAAGGCGAGGCUCCUGUAGCCAUGCAAAAAGCCGAUGUACUUAUCUUUACGGGUGCACCAGAGCGCACAGUACAGCAGGCGAAGGUCAUUCAGACUAUGCUGGGCGAAAACACUCGGGGACCACGGUUGAUUGCAGUAGUGGACGACUGUGCAGCUGGAGCCCGAUUGCGCGAACUCGGUGUGCUCACCGUACAACCCUCGAUCGCACUUGGUAACAUCGUGACCCGUCUAGCGUUGUUAGACGCACCUCUUGCUGCUAUAUUGUCCAAGGAGCUAAGUUCCAUGAGCAACUUCUCGACCGCCGCGUACUUCAGAGGCGACGCCGACGAAUCACGUGAGUCAAUUACCUCCCUUUCGGACCUGCGCCUGACUACGCGUCGCCUGGCACUUGAUCGCAGCGUUGUCAAUCAUCACUCGGUAGACUACGAUCGUCUCGCUAAGGUGCUGGCUGCUGAAAACUUGCCAAUGCCUCCACCUCCAUCUCGUGUGUCCAUGUUCGGUACCUCAGCUGUGAGACACGAUCCGUUCGCUAAGCGAUCGAAAAAUCUUGGCGCACUAGAGCAUUACGUAGUGGAAGAUGACAACUUUGACGGACCUAACAGUCGCUCUAUUUUCGAACAACAGUUUUUGGUGCCCUCGCCGAACUCCAGUGCCGGGGGUGGAGACCGAAUGCGGUCUAGUCGGCUGUCACGACGACGUUCACGCCUCGAAUCGAGUAGCAGCAGCGUCGGUGGAGGCGCUGGUUUCGUCACGCUGCACCGCGGUAAGGCUACGGGACAGUAG